AUGAGUCUCCCGAAACCAGAUGAGAUCCCCGCUUACGAGGAGCUGUAUGAGCAGCGGCCUUCGAAUUUUAUGACGGGGUACUCCAACAUCCCAAACACAGACCCCGAUCUCGAAAGCCACUCCCACAUCCACCUGCACACAACCAAAGCGCAGAAUACACCCGAGUCAUUUCAGACUCAGCACGUCGCUGAGGAUAUCACCUCGGGCCUCGAGCCAGGUCACGUUCACUGCGAAACAUGUGAUUUGCAACUAGAGCGUCGCGAGCGUCGGGCUAGUGCGGCGAGGAACUGCACGACUGUUUCGGUUACGUUUGCUGCGCUGGGUGUUUGUUUGAUGAUAUUUGGGAUUGUUGCUGUUAAGGCUUUUACGGGGCAUGGGAGGAGGCAUUGA